AUGGCUGUCCCUGUCAGUUUCAAAAUGCCUGACCUCUCAGAUCCUCAGCGUAUGCGCGCAAAUAACGACUUUGCCACCGUCGCAGUGGCCGUGCCGCCCCCCACGGCCGCCUCCCUGGCCAGUGCAGCAGCGGCCCAGGUGAGUGCUGCGGAGGCCCUGGCUGCACGGAACGCACAGGCGCUGCUCUCAUUGCUUCCUCUGGCAGUCAUACGAUGGCUUUACGUAACGAGUUCUCGCCUAUUCAGUUUUUGCCUCUCCAAUGUGGACGCGUCCUGGGCCGGCACGCACUUCGCCACCGCAGAAGCAUCCUCCGCGGGGCUUGGUGUCUCGCGGCGCAUCCAUGUUCAUGGAUAUGGUGCACCUCCGGCUGACAUCAAUCUGUUUAUCCUGGUAAAUUCGCAUGGCCCGAAUCUCCACAUCGGAAUCGCUGCAGGGUCUUACAUCAGGGACCCGGUAGCACUGGCUCAACACAUCAAUGUUGAGAUUCGCCGAGCUGUCAGUGAGAGCAUUCGUGAUGAGAGUGUCUCGGCGAGCCUUCUUCCGCAGGUAUAA